GAGAGAAAUAGAGAGUGCAGUGGUGGAUGAGAAGCAAACACAAACCACCAUUUGGCGUCGUCACUUUCUCUCUCUACAAUUUUUCUCUCUCUAAAACGUCAACGGCUCAACCGAAUUCUGUUACGUUUUCACCGGUGUAUCGUUCAAUUUCCGGUAGCAUCGUUGUAACGGACCGUCAGAUUUCAAUAUUUGAUUCUCAUCGUUGAUUACUAUGACGAUCUCCGGCACCGGCGACGGCGACAGCGGCGGUACGAGCUUGACAGAGCGUGAUUACAUCAAGCGGCAUCAUAAGCAUGAGGUUAGAGCGUGCCAGUGCACAUCGACGGUUGUUAAACGGAUCAAAGCGCCUGUUCAUCUGGUAUGGUCCCUGGUGAGGAGGUUUGAUGAACCACAAAAGUACAAACCCUUUGUGAGCGGGUGCAAUGUGCAAGGUGACCUCGAAAUUGGAAGUGUUAGACAAGUAAACGUUUGUUCCGGACUUCCUGCCACCACAAGUAUAGAACGUUUGGAACUUUUAAACGAAGAAGAACACAUCCUAGGCAUGCGAAUCGUCGGUGGUGAUCACAGACUCCAGAAUUAUUCAUCUGUCAUUACCCUGCAUCCGGAUAUUAUCGAAGGCCGUCCGGGAACUUUGGUUAUUGAAUCAUUCGUAGUGGAUGUGCCAGAUGGCAACACCAUAGAUGAAACAUGCUACUUUGUUGAGGCCCUUAUAAAAUGCAACCUUAAGUCACUGGCUAACGUGUCAGAGCGUUUGACCGUGCAAGACCAUACAGAUCCUAUUGUCCACGUGUGAUAUUGUGAUUCUUUUUCACAUGAUUCAUUGUACAAAUAGCAUUAGUGACCUUCCUUGGAGUAAACUUGUUAGAUUUCAUUCCUCUAUAACCACUUCAUGUGUGAACAUAUUGUCAAAUUCGUUUGUCCUCUCGUUUUCUUU